CUGCAUUGUUCGUUUGUUUCUCUUUCUGCUUUCAGGUUCCUCGGAAUGAGUUUGGGAAUGUGUAUCUCUUCCAACCUAAGAUGAUGCCCAUCGGCUGCGUGCAACUGAAGCUUCCAAACCUCCACAGGGUGGCCCGUAAACUGGAUAUUGACUGUGUUCCGGCUGUCACUGGAUUUGAUUUUCACGGGGGCUAUUCACACCCAGUCACGGAAGGUUAUGUCGUCUGUGAAGAGCACAAGGAGGUUCUCGUUGCAGCCUGGGAGAAUGAAGAAGCAGAAAGGGAGAAAAAGGAAAAGGAGAAGCGGGAAAAGAGAGUGCUGGGAAACUGGAAACUGAUGGUGAAAGGACUUCUGAUCAAACAGAGAUUGAAGGAGCGCUACUCAGUUAAGAAUGAGGCGGCAGGAGCAACGAUGGAAAGAGGGGAUGGAUUCUCUUCCGAUGAGGAUGAGGAUGGAGGAGAACAACCAGCUUGACAGACACGUGCUGAGGAUGUGGCUGUUUCUUGGGCCCAGAACCGGCAGAUGGAAGAACAGAGCGAAGGAGAAAGAAGAACCAGAAGGAGCAAGAGAGAAAAGAAAGGGGAAGCAAAGCACUUAUUUCCAUUUGAGAAGCUGUGACCAGGAGGAGCCUUGGUGUUGAACCAAUUCUGUGUUCUUUCAGACCAACUUCUGCGUAUUUUCAGGCUUGCUUAUAGAAUGGUAUAUAUCUUGUAAAAUGUUAGCAAGUUGGAAACUUGGGGUUGAGUUGAUGCAAAAAAAGUUUAUCUAUUUUUUUAAAAAAGUGCUGCUUAUAGGAAUAAAUCAGGGAGCUAGUAGAAUCUCUACAAGUCUAGGCCAUAAGAUGUAUGUACACUUUGCUCUGUGUUGCUAUUCUAAAUAUGAGAUAUGUUGAAGAACAGAAAAACGGACAUGUUUUGCUUUCACCUCUUCUCAAAAGUUCUGGGCCUUCCUUCUUUAUAAUUGUGGACUUCUGAGGAAGAAGAUUGGUCAGAUGCUCUUGAUAUGUAUGCAUGUUUUUUGAUCACUCACUUUGUGGACUUUGUUUUCCUUUGGACAUUUUUCCAAUUCUUCAGUUACUUUGCUGUUAGUGGACUCCCUCUCAUUGUCCUUCACUGUCCUUGUUUUUUCCCCUUUUGGUUGUUUGCAAAACAGUUACAGGACCGCUGUGGAAGGUCCCACAUAUCACUUCUGGUAUGAAGGCGAUAUAGCAGAGUACUUUGGCUAGAAAUAGUUAGAAUCCUUGUGGGAGUCUUUUCCUGGAUGUUCCUGGUGUCAAGUCCUAGCAUUCUUGACUCCAUUGCUUGGGAAAACUGGGAGGGGAUCAGGUGUAGGAAACACAGCCUUUAGUGCCUUCAGGAAAUGAGCAGCAGUCUGCUGGGAAAAUCUGUCCAAACAUGACAAAUACCAACAGGCACCGUGCAAGAUCAGCGGUGCUCUUACAACCCUUCCCCCUCAUUUCAGUAAAGCUUGAGCAAGAAAGGCAAACGUGAACAUUUUUGUUAGUAUUAGAAAUAAACAUAAGACUUACAAGAAUAGGAAUUUUGAAAAAUGUACAUUUUGCUUUACUGUUUGUUGGAUUUCUC